AAAAGGUGUCACACGUCUUACGCACGCCUCCUAGCGGCUGGGCUGAUGUUUUCAGCAGUGGGAGACUUCUGCCUGUACUGGCAACACUCGCCACAGUGGUUCAUCUAUGGUCUCCUGGCCUUCGCCCUGGCUCAGCUGCUCUACCUCCUGGCGUUUGACGUCACUCGCAUCUCAUUGGACGGCGUCACGGUCGUCACCAUGGCAACGGCCGUGCUGACGUACACCUACAUCCUACCGGGGUUAAAGGGCGCGCUGACGUCACUCUGCGGCGUCUACGUCGUCCUGAUCUUCACCAUGACGGUGGCUGCAGCGUCACGGUUACGUCACGGGUACGUCACGGCCGCGUCACGGUUACGUCACCAUGGUAACGGCGUCACCGUGUGGCCCCGGGCGUCGGCCUGCGCAGGCGCGGUGUUGUUCGUGGUGUCGGAUUUCGUCCUGGCCGCCAACAAGUUCCGGGCCCCCAUUCCGCAUGCGCGGCUCCUCAACCUUUCUACAUAUUUCGUAGCACAGUGUUUGAUAGCGUUCUCUGUUCUAGAGUCAGAGAGUGAGAAAAAUCCCAAAGAAAGAGGAAAAGAAAACUAAGUUAUAGACAAGGGUCUGCAAGACGAGGGUCUUGCAUUGUCUUAUAGCUUUCUCUAAUGUAGAGUCUCAGGAAGAUCCCAUGGCUUUAAAAGAAAACUAGAGUUCCAGCUGUACAUGUUUUUUUCUUUGUUUUGAAGUGCAUAGCCAAUUAACCAUGCUGUUAUAGUUCAGGUACAAGGCAGGUCAG